GGCAACACUGGGCGUUUCCAAACACUGCUGGGCUUGAAGAGCAAGUUGGUAAAGUCAUCGUGGUUCAUCGACACCAGCCACUGAUCGUCAGCUUCCACAGCCAAGAACGACAAAGCAUCGACCCGGAGGAGCACUAAGGACAGUCAACAUGAGCAGAUGCCUGGUUACUAAGGUGGAGGUGCAAGGCUUCAUUGAGAGGUGUAUGAUGGCUGUAGGCACCAAGCCACACCAUGCUCGCAGCCUGGCUGAGGUGCUGGUGGAAGGAGACUACAGAGGCCACUACAGCCAUGGACUCAACAGGAUGGACAUGUAUGUAAAAGACAUCCAGACAGCAAUCUGUGCCAAGGACGGUGAGCCAGUGGUGGAGAAGGAGAGUCCAGCCACAGCACUCGUGGAUGGGAAGAACCUCCUGGGUCCUGUGGUGGGAAACUUCUGUAUGAAUCUGGCCAUAAAGAAGGCCAAAGAAGUCGGCAUUGGCUGGGUGGUGGCACACAAUUCCAAUCAUUAUGGUAUUGCUGGAUACUAUGCAAUGCAAGCGCUGAAGGAAAACAUGAUUGGCAUGUCAUUUACCAACACCUCCCCACUGGUGGUUCCUACUCGUGGUAAAGAGUGCACUUUGGGCACCAACCCCAUCAGUGUGGCAGCUCCUGCUAAAGAUGGAGACAGCUUCGUUCUGGACAUGGCCACAUCGGCAGUAGCACUUGGAAAGGUGGAGCUCCACGAGCGGCGUGGAGACCCCAUUCCUGAAGGCUGGGGCUGUGAUGCCCAGGGAAAGAUGACAACAGACCCAAAGAGAGUCCUGAGUGGAGGAGGACUGGUUCCCAUUGGUGGCAGUGAAGCCACAGGAGGAUACAAAGGCUACGGUUUGGGAAUGAUGGUGGAGGUGUUCUGUGGUAUCCUGGCCGGUGCCCAGUACAGCAAACAUGUCCGCACGUGGAAAGUAACAGACCGCGUUGCCAACCUGGGUCAGUGUUUUGUGGCGAUCAACCCAGAGAACUUUGCUCCCGGGUUCAGUGACAGGAUGUCAGACCUUCUGUCCAUUCAGAGAGGGCUGGAUCCUUCUGAUUCUGACGCUCCUGUUUUGGCUGCUGGAGACCCAGAGAGGAUGAACAUGAAGAAGUGUGAGGAGUUGGGCGGGAUUCCCUACCACAUCAAUGUCGUCAACUACAUGAAUGAAUGUGCUAAGAAAGUUGGUGCCAGCCCGCUGCUGCCAUGUGACAGGCUCAUUUCCAAUUAAUGGGUCCAGUCAAGAUUCUCAGCACUGGGAAUCUGGCACUUUUGGUGUUUACACUCAGAAUAUACUGGAUGAUGACAAUCAAACUUUAGUCAUUUUAAGCACACUUGUCGGUUAUUUUAAUUUUUUAAAACUUUUUGAUGAGACAAUUAUUAAAACUUUGUAAUUUGUAACAUAAAAAGGAAAAACAAGGUUUUUUUUUUUAUUUUAAGGGACUCUUAAAUUUGUUUUUUAUUUUUUGACUUGAGAUACUGUAUUUGCAGACAUGCAAAUCUUAAUUUAAACAAGUCUUCAAGAUGCUCCAUGUCUAACAGUGAAAUGUGCACAUUCUUUGUCAGGUGUAAGACAGAUUUGUGAGUGAUGCAUGGCUGGAUGGGAAUAAGUUAAGAAAGACUGAGUGGUAAUUUUGAAGGUUGAGCUAAAGUCAGUGUGGUUCAUUCGGUCAUUCCCUGUUAGUGAGCCAGUUUACUUUGCUCCACCUUUAAUGCAGUGCAGUUUUAUAACUGCAAUAAAGGCUACAGUAUUAUGCUAAAAUAAUUUUUAAAAGAUUACUUUUAAUACUGAAAAUUAUUUAAAAUUGACUGUGGGCAAUAUAUUUUGCAUAUAUUUUUUUUACUCUCAGGUCUUCAUAAAACAUCAUUCUUAUGUGCCUUAUUAAAUAAAACAGCAAGUCUGAGAAAGAGCCUUUGUGCUUGAAACGUCACAGCAACAAAUAGACUCAGACUUUGGUGUGCAGAUCUAUUUUCAACUACCUUACUGAAUAAAAUGUCCUAUACAU